AUGAGUAUUCAGAAAUUGAGCUUCGAAGAAUCACGAUCACUCUACUCCCUCAUCAGGCAAGAUCAGCGUCCACUCCAUGAAAUCCUCUCCGAGUUCAAAUCCACCGUCCCUCACACUCGCCAUUUCACUUUCUGUUCAUACCUCGUCAUGAUCCUGCAGGACAAUAAGGUACUUAACACUACUGAGCGAUUAAUAGCCUUUUCUCUGCUAGUUGAGGCUUAUUCAUCCCAAAAUCCGGCUUCAAACCCCUUCAUAAGCUUUAUCAUAAAUGCUUCCUGUCACGAAGGGUCCAAAAAAGUUGAGAAAGCAUUUAUUCUGCAACUAUUAGGUGUUGAUGGCUUCCAUAAUGGCAAAGAGUUUCUCAAACAAUCGGCAUCAGAUUAUGUGACAAAAUUUGAUUUGUCAUUGCAUGAGUUCCCUACACUAGAUCAGUUGAAGCAGCAGUUUUCUGACAAAGUUCAUCAAGAACCAUAUCAUCAUUUAUUUAACGAUGGUUUUAUAAAAAAUGUAGUUCCUGACCCGGACAUUCCCCCAAAUUGUGAUACAGAUUCAUCAGAGUUUGAUCUGCGACCUGGAACACAGCCUAAACUUGGCACCGGAAAUAAAGGUGAAGCAGUGGUUGGCUUAUUGUCAAAUCUUUCACUGGAAGGGUUAAGUCCUCACUGGAUUAGGCCUCAUCCACCAAGGCUCCCGAUACUUGAUGGCGAGCUAGUUUGGGUCAACCCUAAUGGCAAACCCUUUCCAUCUGCGGUAAACCCUUUUCAGCUUGUUGGGGCCAACCCUAAUGACCACCGUGAGCUUAUUUGGGACUAUGGUAUGUGUGUUGAUACUAGUAGAGGGGCUGCAGUAAGGGACUUAAUUGCAAAAGCUCUAAAGGGAGCUCUUGCACCUGUACAGCAAGAGCAAGUCCUUAUGGAGGUUGCAAAGGAUCCAAAGGUUUUAUAUCACUGUGGACUGACACCAAGGAAGUUGCCGGAACUGGUGGAAAACAAUCCUCUAAUUGCAGUCGAAAUUCUCACUAAUCUGAUAAAAUCUCCCGACUUAUCAGCAGAAUACUUUACAGUACUUGUCAAUAUGGACAUGAGUCUACACUCAAUGGAAGUUGUGAACAGGCUUACAACAGCAGUUGAACUGCCGUCCGAAUUCAUUCACAUGUACAUAACUAAUUGUAUAUCAUCUUGUGUGAACAUCAAGGAUAAAUACAUGCAGAACAGGCUUGUGAGACUUGUUUGUGUUUUCCUGCAAAGCCUGAUUCGAAACAAUAUUAUAAACGUUAAAGAUCUGUUCAUUGAAGUUCAAGCGUUUUGCAUCGAGUUUUCGCGGAUUAGGGAGGCAGCUACGUUAUUUAGACUUCUCAAGUCAUUGGAAUGA